GUGAGUCAGGUCCUUACGGGCGCGCUGGCCAAACACGUCGCCCUGAUGGACCCGCAGACCGCCGCCGACACAGCGCUGCAGGAGUGGGGGAGCAUCUGGCAGCACGAGGUCGAUUGGGAGGCGCCCGGGUUCAAGGUUCCAGCUGAGCACAAGCCCACGCUGCCCCCCAGCCUCGGCCACCACGUGCUUCACGCCUGCAAGGCUUUCUCACCGAAGACGGGCCUGGGCGAGUCCAACAUCCGCCCCAGGCUGUGGGCCCCGGGGCCCGCGGCGGGCCUGGCCAGCCUGGCAGGCAUCUUGAGCGGUAUCGAGCGCGGCUCUGUGCAUCAUGUUCUGGCUGCAGCCCAAGCCCAAGGGAGGCAUGCGAAACGUGGGGCUUCUUCCAGAGUUGGCACGAGUGCGAAGAAGAAGAUCAGGCGCCCCGAGGUCCAGAGGUGGCAGCGUAGGGAGCCACGUGCCUAUGAUUGGGCAGUGAAGGGCAGGUCCGCUGAACGCGCGGCCUGGAUGCAGGGUCUCAUGGCAGAGGAGUCCUUGGCACAGGGCGAGGCCAUCGCCGCGACGUAUUACGACCUGCGGAAGCGCUACGAGACGGUGUUGCAUUCUCUGACUUGGAAAGGUGGCAUACCCUGGAGAUUCCCAAAGCCGUUGCUCGGGUUCAUCCUGCGAACGUUCUCUCGCAUGAGAAGGGCAGUCCGCAACGGGUGCUACACCGAAGGGGGGGCGCAAGGGAUCGUGGCAGGAUCCGUGUUUGGGGCGCUGUGCCUGUCCCUCGUCCUCAUCGGUGCGAUCGACGACCUCUACGUCGCCAAACCGAGAGCAGACACGUGCCUCUACUUCGACGACCUUGCAGCGUCGCCCAGAGGCGGCGGCGCAGGCGUGGUGGCGAUCCACGGGAAGCUGACCGACGAGAUCACCCAUGCCUUCGAGCCGCUGCUCAAGCUGCAGGCCUCGAGGGGCACGGACGGCAAGACUGCCGUCGCGGCCUCCCACGGCAGCGCGGAGAGGCAGCUCGGCGCUCCCGACACGCCGAUCACCAGGCUGCGGCAGGCGGUGGCGGCGGCUUCCCCAGGAUGCAGCAAGGGGAGGUCGGCCGCGCUGGCGCUGCUAGCGGAGGGCGCCGACCCCGCCGUGCUCGCCCCUGCGAGGCCCCUCGUGGAGCGCGGCCACGGCGGGGCACGAGGCGGCGGACAUGGCGACGCGCGACCGCCCGGUGGCGGUCUGGCGCUCGUGGGCAUCCGAGGCGCGCUCGUGGCCGUGGUGGCGCGCCUCGGCGGGGGCACCCGGAGCCCUGCGUCCGUCACCUACGGGACCGAGGUGCACGAUCUGUCUCGGAUAGACUUGCAAUUGUCUGUGUUCCCUCGCCCGUGA